UGUUUAAGGUCAUUUUCGCGCGCUAUUUAAGCUUAUCUAUAGUUUAUGCAUUAUAAACUUAUCGUUUAUUAUUCUAAUACCUAACAUAAUCGAUUGUAAAUUAUAAUCCAUGUUGUUUAAUAUCAUUCAACUUGAUUUUGUAAAAUUUUGUACAUUGCUUGUCUUCAUUUUUACGUUUGAUUUAAUGAAUAUGCAUGUCAUUGUAUGAUCUUUAUAAACAAUGUAAUUGAUUUGUUGUUAGGUUUUCAAAAUGAACAAUUAUUCUAAGGAUAGGAUUAAAGCGAUGAUCGCUAAAGAUGCAGAAGAUCUUUUUAAUCGUUGCGAAGAAGUUAAAAAGUCUAUAAGGGAUAACGCAGAUGAAAUUUUAAAUUAUCUUCAAGCUUUGGUAGCUCAAAUAUCACAAUCAUCGUCUGUCCCUAUUAUAGCGAAAACUCCUAAGUUAGUUACAAGAAAAGGAGUUCAACGUAUUGAAACAAUACCGGAAAAUAAUAUAUUAGAUAUUACGGAGAGAGUACUUUCCAUUGAUAAAGAUGAUAAACCGAAGAAUGAAAUUAAUUUAGAAGAAACUAUUGGUAUUAGGAAAAAGAGGCACGCUUCCAAGGCUGCUGCAGAUAAUAUAAGAAAACAACAAUCUAUGUCAGUGACACAAAAAUUACGAAGACCUAUCGAAAGCUUUCAAUCCAACAACAAUACGAAUAAGGUAGUUUCCGAGAAUCGAAUCAAAAGGACUAAAUCUUCGAGAAGUUCCGACGAAGAUGAAGAUAAAAGACCGUCGAAACACACUAAAACCGAAAAUCGGAAAACAAAUAGUAACGAUCAUCAGAAAGAUAUCAAUAAUGAGGAUAACAAGAUGCAAAUUAGCGCCGAAGAAGACAAAUCUGUUAAAGUUAAUGAUUGUACCUACAGUUUAGAAAAUCGAAGAUCGAGCGGAAGAAAAAUUGCGAGGGAUAAUCAAAAAGGAAAUAAUAAUAAAAGUAAUGAGGUCAAUGAAACACCUCCUGCUCGUAUUACAGAUGAUAUUGAUGAACCAUCAAUGUAUGAAGAUGCGUUACCAAAGCAUCCUCCAAUAAUGAAUUCAACGAUGAAAGUUAGUCCCAAUUUAAUAAAUAAAAUAAUGAACGCGACAGUAGUUUUAGAACCUUUACCAAGGCAAUUACUAUUAAACGAGACAGUAACGAUAAAGAAAAAUUCAGUUAAUUUUAUUAGUAAUGAGAAUAAUAAUAAACAACAAAAUAUCGAACGAAAUGAUAAUAUUACAAGCGACAAUAAUAAAUUAAAUGAUUGUGAUUCGUCCGAUACUAAGAGUCAAUCUAAGAAAGAACAAAAGGAUAAAAUUCAACAAUUGAAAGAAGCGAUGGCGAAUAAAGAAUUCGACGAAUUAAUAACGGAUGAUGAAUCUUCACCGGAAUUAAAGAAAGUACGAGGAAAGGUAAAACAUGCGAAAGUAAAUAAUGCUAAGAAACAAAAUCAAAUGAUGUUGCAAUCUCCUUCAACGAGCGACGAAGAAGUUCUUAAUACGCCAGUAAAACUUAUUCCGAAAGAAAAUGCUACUUUAAAGGAUAUUAAAAGUGCAUACAGGCCUAAUGCUCUAUUCAGUCCUUAUGCCAAGGAAUCUGUUAAAAAACGAGUAGAAGCAUUUGAACAAGUUUGCAUGAGUAGUCCCAAAUUAAAUGACGUUGAUGCGCCUACUAGAGUAACCAGAACGAAAACACGUGCAAUGGCUGCUGCAGAAGCUGAUAAAAAUGUUGCACAAAAAUUAGCUCGUAAAUCGCUUGCCAAGGCGAAAAGAAUUUCUCUGGCUAAACAAGUUAAGGAAGAAGAAGAAAUUAAGGAAAAUAAAUAUAACACAGGAAACAAACACCAAUUAUUAUUCCAGAACGAGAAAACUAAUUCAAAAAUAAGGCAAAGAAUAACUCCUCUUAGUAAACCUAAAAUACAGUUACCGAUGUCCGUUAAUCGUAUUGCACAAACUCCAGUCAACAAUUUUAUACUUCCAAACAGUACGAAAGCUUUAACCGGCUCGCGUACAAAUAUUUUAACAUCAAUGGAUUCAUUUAUUCCUGUAUUAAAAACAACUAACAAACGAAAUUCUAUAGACAAAUUAGAGGAAAUUAAACGGAAACAAGCUAAUGAUGAAAAUGCAAGGAGAAAAAGAGAGGAAGCUUUGAGAUUGCAGACAGAAGAAAAAAAGAGGAAAAGACAGGAGAAGGAAUUGAAAAAUAGAUUGGCACGAGAAGCUAAAGAGAAGCAAGAAUUGGAAAAACGUCAGAGGGCGGAACGAGAGAAGGAAGAGAAAGCAAAAUUGGCACAACAGUUGCAAGAAAAACAACGGGAAGAAAUGGAAAAGAAACGACUCGCACAAUUGCAAAGAGCACAGGAAAAAGAAGAGAAGAAAAAGUUAGAAGAACAAUUGAGAUUACAACGAUUAAUCGAACAAGAAGAAGCUGAACGUUUACUUGUUGAGCAAAGACGUAGGGAACAGGAAGCUGAAAAACGAAGAGAAGCUGAAGCAAGAGCUCAACAACAAGCUGCUUUAGAUGCAAUGAGAUUGAAAACACAAAUGCUUCAAGCGCAAGCAAAAAAUAAACAAGUAGCUGCUAAUAAAAAUCCGGGUCCAGUAAAUUACGUUCUUGAUAGUGAACCCGAUGAUGAUGACUCAGAUGAUGAAAACAAACCAAAACAUGUAAUUCCUCAUUGGGCACAACCAAAUGUAAGAAAAGCACAAUUAGCGAUGCAGCGAUAUAUACCGGAUAUAGCAAUUUAUAAAUUCUUCGAUACUCGGAAGUGUACACCAGAUUUAACGGAAUUAUUUAUUGGCAUUGAUAGAAAAAAAUUAAAACGUACAUCUAGUGCAAUCUGGAAGACACCGCCACGUUAUUCCAUGAUGGAAGCUGAAUAAUUUGUCUACUUUCAAUUGAAAAUUGAUAUGUAAUCACAAAAGCUCUAUUAAUAUUAUUAAUAAGCA